AAAAUGAACCAACCAACACUGGAUGUAGCACAUAAACCUGUGACACAUCGAUCACCUUUAGAGCUACACAAGAGAGAUACUUAUUUUUGCUACCAUUAUCAUCAUUGCCAUCAUCGUCACUACCAUUGUCCCUGACACCACCGCAACAAUCAGGAUAUAAUGUACAGGUCAGGCAUAUCAUCCCAGAGAAGAUCUUGGCCACUAUAUUUGACAAUCCUUGUUUUUCUUGGAGUGGCGGCAAUCGUGGGAAUAACUAUUGGUCUCCUUGUUCAUUUUCUGGCAGUCGGAAAGAAUUACCAUUACCAAGGGGAUUUUCAUAUUUCUGGAGUCACAUACAAUGAUAGCUGUGAAAAUGCAGCCUCACAAGUUAGCAAAGAUCUGAGCAAAGAUAUUGAGACUAAGAUGCUUGAUGGAUUUCAAAAUUCUAGCAUAUACAAAGAAUAUGUCAACUCUCAGGUCAUCAAACUUCUCCCUUUUCCCAAUGGUUCAAGUGUGCAGUUGCAGCUGACAUUCAAGUUUCCUCCAGCAAAGAGGGGGAUCAUGAAGCCUGCAAUCAAAGCUGUCUUACUUCAGCUGUUGAAAGACAACAUGGCAACCUGGAAUGCAGUUCCAGCUUCCAUUAAACUUACGGAAAUUAGCAAGACUGAUGCUGAAAUGCUUACCAACAAAUGUUGUGGGAGACAAUUGGUCAAUAAUAUCAGAGCAGGCAACCGAAUCGUGAAUGGGGGAAAUGCCCAGACAGGGGCAUGGCCUUGGCAGGCAAGCAUGCAGUGGAAGGGCCAACACAACUGCGGAGCAUCUCUGAUCAGCAGCAGGUGGCUACUAUCUGCAGCUCACUGCUUUACUAAGAAAAACAAUUCAAAAGAUUGGACCGUCAACUUUGGAACUUUAUUAAAUAAACCAUAUCUGACAGAGAAAGUCCAAAGCAUUAUUUCUCAUGAAAACUUUAGUGGGCCUGGGGUCCACAAUGACAUUGCCCUGGUGCAGCUUGCUAAAGAAGUCUCUUUCUCAAAGUACGUCCGUAAAAUUUGUCUUCCUGAAGCCAAAAUGAAGCUUGCAGACAAUGACAGUGUUGUAGUUACAGGAUGGGGAACACUUUAUAUGAAUGGUCCCCUUCCAAAUAUCCUUCAAGAGGCCUUGGUGAAGAUUAUCGAUAACAAAGUUUGCAAUGCUCCACAUGCAUUAUCUGGCUUAGUGACCGAUAACAUGCUAUGUGCUGGAUUUAUGUCAGGAAAAACUGAUGCCUGUCAGAAUGAUUCUGGUGGACCACUAGUUUACCCUGACUCUAGAAAUAUCUGGCACCUUGUUGGAAUAGUAAGCUGGGGUGAUGGAUGUGCUCAAAAGAACAAGCCAGGUGUCUAUACUCGGGUGACUGCUUAUCGUGAUUGGAUUACCUCCAAGACUGGACUCUGAAAGAAAAGUAACUUUGGAAUGGAACAUAAAGACAACUGCUGGGUUUCUUAUCUGUUGCUUCAAAAUCUUUUUCUUUUGACUGUUGGUAUACCAGUAAUUUUCUUAUAUAUAAAUACAUAGAGGUCUUUAUCAAUAUUUUAUUAUACCUAAACACUAUCCAUUUAUUUCCUCUAUUAACUAACAGAGAAAACACUAAGAAAAAAUAGAUGGCCAGAAUAUUUUUAAUUGCCUUGUUCUGUUCUAUCCUACCAUUAUAUUCAGAACUGACCUUAACUUAUUUUUCAGAAUUAAAAAAAAAACAACACAACUUUUAGUAUGAGAACACAAAUUCUAUAUCUACCAAAUAAAUUAUUUUUCAUUCUAUAAAUUAUAAUUACAUUUUGUUAAAGUGGAAUAUAUAAGACAUAAUGUACAUUCAUUUUUUGUUUAUAUGUGAGAUAAUUUGUGUGCCUCAUAAAAUCAUGCAAUCUUUGUGUGGAGAAGGUUCUCAGAGGUUCAACUAGAGCAAGCCUCUCAAUGUAUAGAUUGAGAAACUAAAGACUAAAGAGGAAAAAUUAUUUACUUAAAGUCAAUCUUCAGCCUCGCUGAUAAGUUACAACACUCACAUGAAAUUUCCUUCAUAGAGUUUAGAACCAAAAUUAAUUAGGAAUUUUAAAAAAAUUGUAAGUUGCAAUUAUUUAAAUAACAUUUUCUGCUUGUCCUUCUUUUGACAUUUGUUUGCCUUCACUUGCAGCAAACAUAAUGUGAGGUUUUCAAGGGCAGGGAACUAUGUGGAAUCAAUUCAGUAGCUCCAAUCUCUGGAAAUAAUUUCCUAAUAUAAAAAGAAGUAGCCCAAGAUUUUAAAAGUAACUAAAGUAGCCCAACUGGCAUGGCUCAGUGGUUGAGCAUUGAGCUAUGAACCAGGCGGUCACAGUUUGAUUCCCAGUCAUGGUACAUGCCUAGAUUGUGGGCUUGAUCCCCAGUGUGGGGCAUGCAGAAGGCAGCCGAUCAAUGAUCAAUGAUUCUCUCUCAUCAUUGAUGUUUCUAUCUUUCUCUCCCUUUCCCUUCCUCUCUGAAAUCAAUAAAAAUAUAUUUUGAAAAAAGUAGCUAAAAUAAAGUAAAACUAGUUCUUCCCUCAAUUGUUUGUAAUAUUACUUUUUUAUUAUAAGGUAUGACCAAAUGACACACAUAAUGUCAAACCAAUCCACAAAAGGUGUGACAAGAAGUGUUUUUUCUCUCUUGAUUCCUUUCUCAGGUGGGGCACACAUAUUUAUUGAGCACCUAGUGUGUUCUAGGAACUGUCAAAUAUAGACACAGUAUCUUCUCUCAAGGGGGCUGCAUUUAGUGGAUAAAGAUAGUAAAUAUACAUAAAAUAAUUUUGGAUUGUGAUAAACAUUAUGAAGGAAAUAAAAAAUAAUAUGAUAGAAAAUUGUGGGGCAGGUUAAGAAUACUUGAGGUUGUGCUAUCUAAAUUACUCCUCUCUCUAAGAGAGGAGCAUUUGAGCUGGAACAAAAUGAUGAGUAGGCAAAACAUACAAAACAUCUGAGCAAAGAGAAAUUCAAAGGAAACUAGUAUAAAGUCCUUGAGAUGGAAAUAGGAGAGGUGGAUGUGUGGGCAGAAAUGAUUUUUCUGUUAUCAGCUAUUUCAUCUCAAUCUCUUUUGCUGGAUCUUCUACAUCUUCCCAAACUAUAAAUGUUGGAUUGUCCCAGGGCUCAGUCUUCAGAUUUCUUCUUUUCUACUUGCACUCCUACCCUAGAUGCUCUUAUCCAGCCCAAUACUUUCAAUACCAACUAUUUGCUGACAACUCCCAAAUGUUUUAACUCUAGUUCUGGCUUCUCCGGGAACCUAUUAGCAUAUAGUUAAAAUUUCUACUUGGAGGUCUAAUAGGCAGUUUACGUUAGUAUGCCAAAACAGAAUUCUUCUUUUUUCAUCAGUCUUCCACAUCUUAGAACAUUAGUCCUGGAGUCAUUCUGGGUAUCAAUAUUUGAGAUAUUAUUCUUUCUUACUAGAGGCCUGGUGCAUAAAAAUUCAUGCACUGGAGGGAGGGGGUUGCUCAGCCCGGCCUGCCCCAUCUCACAGUCAGGGAGCCCUCAGGGGAGGGAGGUGACCUGGCAAUCAGGGGAAGGUGACGCCCCCAUCACACCUCUGCUGCUGCCACUGCUGGCAGCACAAGCCUUGGCUGGCCCUGGUUACUUGAGCCUCGGGUGGCCCUGGGCAGCUGGGCAGCUGCCAUCCGAGGCUUGCCUGCACCUCAGGCUGGCCCUGGGCGUCUGGGGGGCUGAGGGCGUGUCCGGCUGCACUGCACGCCUGCCACCCCCCUGGCAGAGCUGAAAGGACUGGGGGACUCUGGUGGGGCUGAGGGGACUGGGUGCCACCAUCUUGUGGCUAUGGGUGCCGCCAUCUUUGUGACAGGGUAACAGUCAAUUUACAUAUUCCCUCUUUAUUAGAUAGGAUUUUCAUUAUUAGAAUUUAUUUAGGGUUUACAACUGGCCUGGGAAAGCUCUAUCCUUAUAUCUGGAAAUUAUUGGACUUUGACUCUUGGCCAAAAUGAUGCCAUUAGGAUUUAUGUGAGAUUUAAAUUCUGAACCUUUCAUGGCAGCCCCUGGGCCAGUUUGUUUACUGAUCGAAGAUCCUGCUGGAAAUGUCUCCCUUGAUUUCUUUUGGAGUUAACAGAUUUUGGUGGUUCAAUCUGGAGACAAAAUGUGUAUGUGUCUGAUUAAGGACUAUGGGGAACUUGAACCUGUAUAUGUCUUGGCCUCCCAAUGCUUGCCUGUACUCUCUCUUGAUGUACUGUAUUCUUUGCCUUUAAAUAAAGCUCUAUGUAAGUACUAGUAUUUCCAAUGGAAUUUUAUCAGUCCUUUCAAAUAUCCAAACUUGUGAAAUCUUUUCAAAUUUAAUAUUUAAAAAAUGCAGCAGUGGUGUGCUGAAUAAAGUUGGCCUGCACCAUUUGUAUGAGCUGUAUAUGAAAACUUUAGGGAUUGUGUUAACCAGUUGUGAAACACACCAUAGUUUAAAAUCAAGAAUACUAAAUAUCCCAAACUCAUCGUAUUUUAAUAAUUUUACUACAUAUUACUAGUGUUUAUGGUCUUGAGAUUAUUUACA